AUAACGCUUUGUUAAUAUAUUUCAACACUAUGAUUACGAUAGCGUUUGCUAAAAACGUUGUUAUUUUAUUUGUUUUAUAUUUUUAUGUCAAUGGUUAUAAAUUGCCAGGAAGUUGUAAGUUUGGUCAGUUUUAUGAGCCAAGUUUGAUGGAUUGCUUGGAUUGCCCCGUUAACGCAUCAUUAGUCACAUCAGCUGAUGGUUUCGCGUGUACCUGUGAGGAGCACAGUGUAGCGACAAGUAUUGCCCGUUGUAAGCCAUGUAACAUCACCGAAGUCGUUUCGUCUGAUGGAACUACUUGUGUUCCUCGAAGAUGUCAAAGUUCUUCGGGUCGGAUAGUUUGCAGAAAGUGUCCACAUGAUUACAUAUUAUUGACACAAAAUUUCGAUGGCUCUCCAAUGAAAGAAGUCCAGUGUGUUAAGUGUGCUCGUGGCUUCAAAGUUUUUGAUAAUCGUUGUGUCAAAUGUGAGGCUUGUUUGUGUAAAAAGCAUGAAAUUAUCGUUAGAGGAAGGUGUAUACCGAAAAAAUAUAUUCUAAGCCGACCUAAAUACACUGAAAAUCAGCUUCAUCCGAAUGAACUAUUAGAGAUAGUGAAGUUGGAAUAUUUUUGUACGCAACAAGACUAUAGGGCGUGUCGUACUUUAGCGAGCGCUUGCGUUCGUAAUUUCUAUACAUCGGAUCUCGGAGGACCCUGUAGACUUUGGAUACAACCUAAUUUAGAAAAAUUUAAAGGGCUGCCCGUGCUUACGACAGAUGCUUCGAAAAACAGUAAGCCAGAAAUCUCUUUAGACCGAGAAAAAGAUAUUUUUAAAAUAGCAACUAGUAUGCACACUAAGACUGGAGGGCUAGAAAUAUUUUUAGACACAAAUCAUCAACUAAAUAGAUGUCUUCCGCCAAUCAACAUUAAAAUUGGCGACGAUUUUUCUCAUGACUGUCCAAGAAAUGUAACUAAACUUACAGACGAAGAUUUUGGAAGUACACUUGAAUUAUAUCUCUUGUCUGAAACGAACUUAGAUCCACUUCCAAUUAAACUAAUAAAACCCAACGGUUACGAUAUUCAGAGAGGAAAAUGGUCUUCGAAACAAUUUAGAAUUUUUUUCCUUUUCAAUAGAUAUAAGUCCACAGUUACAAAUACCACUAACACGGUUUAUCUACGAACCCUGCUCUUUCGAAUAAGGAUAGAACGCGAUUCAUCUACGCUAGGUCUACGUUUGCAAAUGUCUAUCGAAGGUCAUUACGCUGCAAAAUCACCUUUGACAGAUAUAGUCACGACAUCCCUCAGAGUUGAACAUGAAAUGCCCAUCGCUGGAGUCCUGAGAGGUUUGAAAAUAUGCGGGGGAGUUUUUGGCUCAUUGAUGACAUUGUACGCUUUAUUGCAAUGGCGGGGAGUCCUGAGGCGGGGAGAGCGGUGUUUUGUUUUUGUGCCUUUGCUGUCGAGUUAUGUUGCCGAUGGUCUUUAUUUCGCGACAUUAAUCUCGACUUUCCACGCGCUGGUAGCGGAAGCAGGGACGCUCGCACUCACUCUACCGUUGUCUCAAGCCGAGGAACAAGUAAUAGAAGCGGUGGCUUAUAGCGUCAUUUGUUUAAAGGUUCUUAAACUAUUUUGGAUAAAUUGGAACCAAUGUCGGUGUGAUAUAUUCUUCAUAGACUGGUCGAAAUAUAAUCCUUCUGUAAAAGAUGUAUUUAUUCAAAAUAAGUCAAAAAAUUGGAAAGAAACCAUCUUGGCUAAGGAAUGGAUGUCAAAACAAACAAAACGAAGAGUCUCACCCGGCUUCACUGCUAUCAUCACUUUAUUCGUUUUACAUUUUUUAGAACAAACUUUAAUUCUUUUGACAAAGAGCCAAGGAUACAAAUGGGUUAUUGCGUCCGUAGCUUGGUGGAGUUGUUAUACAAUACUCCUAUGUAUUAGAAUUUUAAUAGAUAAAUUUAUUAAAUCUUCUUCAAUCAAGUUGACGAAAAUAUGUUCUGAUUUGGAAUUCUCGUUAUUGGUAUUUGAACAUGAGUAUUAUGCGCAUUACGUGGAUGGAAGAAAUGAAGAUUUUAUUGACCUUAGGGCGAGCAUUCACGCAUUACAAACAUGUCGUGUCGUUUGUUCGCCUCAGUUGAGGAAUGUGUAUAAAAAGCUGACAAAUAGUGGUGAUCUUGACCAGAAUUCGAACCGUGCACUCCUGUCUCAAUUUUUGAGUGCAUUUUUUGAAAGAGCGUUAGAUGGUUUAAACUGGGUGGCCAGUGAGAGAACAAUAUUUGAGAAAUUAUUUGACGUUGAACUUGUGACAAGAGAGGGAGGCAGUACUAGUGUAUUGCUAUACGACGGCGACGUUACAACGCCGUCUUGUUAUGCCGUCACAUGGUGGGGAGAAGAAUGGACGCUGGCAACAUUCGAUUCUAUGUUAUUUGGCAGUAUUGUGAUAAUGACCGGAAAUUCAGUUUUAGCCGCGUUAAUUACAUUAAUAACGUGGCAAAUUAUGAAAUCAACUCGAGGUUUCUUCGGAAGUUUGAAUGUAAAAAAUAAAAUCGGUUUAAAUAAUUAAAAAACAGUGGACAUUAUAUUGAAUGCAGCUGAAAUUAAUACACGCAGUAAUUUAUAAUGCAUAGUAUUAUUUUGAUUGUUGCUGUAGUUUUAUCGGUAAGUGAAGCUAGAGACGUGAGAACAAAUAUACAUUCAGAGGAUGAAAGUCAUAUGGAUAUUGUUGAUGCAAGUAAACUCAUGAUCCGGCCCACAGUGUACACUACACACGCAUCAAAAUCAGAAAUGUCUGGACCUUUAUAUGACUUUAUUGUAAACGUAUGUAACGUAAUAUUAAACCGCUUUAAAAAAUCCAAAAUUCGAACAUACAUAUAUACAUUAAGCAAAACCUUAAAAGGCUUGGGAUCGGAAUAUUUGAUGAAACUUGUUAUAAGUAAAUUUGUUAAAUUUUUAAAGGAAUUAUCCACUCUUAGAAGUAAAUUCAUAAAAGAAAAAGUUAGUGUUUUUUUGAAAACAAUAAAAGGCAAUAAACCAAAAAGGAAAGGGUUGUUUCAAUUACUAAAUUCUUUAUAUACUCUACGACAGGGUAUUAAAAUGGAUUUAUAUAUAAAUCGCUUAAAACGACACGCUAGAAAUCGAUCUCGAAAUAUUAGAAAAUUAACUAGAGAUAUAUUUAAGAAUGUAAUAUUUUAUACUAUAAGUAAUCAAGAUGAUUUUGUCAAGAAUAACAUUCAGCUUAAUUUCCAUGCCGCCCUUAUUGAGUAUUUGGAGGAAAUGAAGAGUUCUCACACUGAAUUGAAAUGGAAUUAACACAAAAUAAAUGAUUUAAAAUU